AUGACAUCACUGUUUGCUCAUCAUGUUUUAGUCUGUGUUUAUCAUCCAGAUUGUCUGAUUUCAUUAGAACUGACUCUAUUUCUCCUCUAAUCACAGACUUGGUGGCUGUUUUCUCUAUGAGGCUGAAUGUGAAGUUGUGGCCUCAGCUCUGAAGUUCAACCUUAAUCUGACUGAAGUGGAAAUAGACACGAUCUUUGGAGAUGGAUCCUUUGGAGACUCUGACAUGAAGCACCUGUGUGAGAUACUGGAGAGUUCAAUCUGCAAAGUGAAGAAACUGAGAUUGGAGGACUGUAGAUUAUCAGAGAUUAGCUGUGCUUCUCUGGGCUCAGCUCUGAAGUCUAAUCCAUCCCAUCUGACAGUACUGUUGCUGAGUGGAACCAACCUGGACCCUGGAAUGAAGGAGCUCAGUGGGUUUCUCCAGUCUCCCCUCUGCAAACUACAGACAUUGAGAUUGAUUGACUGCAGAUUUUCAGAGAUCAUCUGGGCUUCUCUGGGUUCAGCUCUGAAGUCUAAUCCAUCCCAUCUGACAGAACUGGACCUGGCAGGAAGCGACCUGGACCCUGGAAUGAAGGAGCUCAGUGGGUUUCUUCAGUCUCCCCUCUGCAAACUACAAACAUUGAGAUUGUGGGACUGCCAUUUGUCAGAGAUCAGCUGGGCUUCUUUGGGCUCAGCUCUGAAGUCUAAUCCAUCCCAUCUGACUGAACUGGAUCUGAACGGAACGAAGCUGGACCCUCAAAUGGAGGAGCUCAGUGGGUUUCUCCAGUCUCCCGACUGCAAACUACAGAUAUUGAUCUCUCUCUUCACCACGACAGACCUGUACUGCGCCGGCUUCACGGCAGACGCUGCGCCAAUCCGCCUGUCCAUCUCCCGCUCCCUUCUUCCCUCAUUCGUAAUGAACAAAAUUGGUAACAAAGGGCAGCCCUGGUGGAGUCCAAUUCUCACCGGAAACGAGCCUGACUUACUGGGCAAUGCGGACCAGACUCUGACACCGGUCAUGCAGGGACCGGACAGCCCGUAUCAAAGGGCCCGGCACCCCAUACUCCUGGAGAACCCCCCACAGAGCCCCCCGAGGGACACGGUCGAAUGCCUUCUCCAAGUCCACAAAGCACAUGUAGACUACAACAUCCAGGACCUUGAGGAACUCCGGGUGGAUCACAUCCACCCCCGGGGCCCUGCCACCGAGGAGCUUUUUUUACCACCUCAGCGACCUCGCCCACAGAGAUUGGAUAGCCCAGCCCACAGUCCCCAGGCCCAGCUUCCUCAAG